CAGGGCCCAGCCAGGGCACCACGGCUGGGAGCAGCUAUGGAGGAUGCCUUCAUCCGGCACAUCGAGCUGCUGGGCUACGAGAAAAGGUUCUUCCCCAGCCAGCACUAUGUCUACAUGUUCCUGGUGAAGUGGAAUGACCUCUCAGAAAAGCUCAUCUACCGCCGGUUCACGGAGAUAUACGAAUUCCAUAAAGCGCUGAAGGAGAUGUUCCCCAUUGAAUCUGGGGACAUCAGCAUGGAGAAGAGGAUCAUCCCACACUUGCCAGCCCCAAAGUGGUUUGACGGGCAGCGCUCGACCGAGAGCAGGCAGGGCACGCUGGCCGAGUACUGCUACGCCUUGGUCAACCUGCCCCACAAGAUCUCCCGGUGCCAGCACGUGGUCAGCUUCUUCAGGGUGCGCCACGACGACAUGAACCCCCUCACCGACAGCCAGAUCAGGAAGCCUGAGGUCUUCAUCCUGCCCAAGGAUGCCAAGAAAAGCCUCACCGAUAUCACGGGGCCCAUCGUCCUGCAAACCUACCGAGCCAUCGCGGACUACCAGAAGAGCUCCACGUCUGAGAUGGCUCUACAGGCUGGGGACAUGGUGGAUGUGGUGGAGAAGAGUGAGAGCGGCUGGUGGUUUUGCCAGUUGAAGGAUAAACGGGGCUGGGUGCCAGCUGCCUAUCUGGAGCCGAUGGAUGGUCCUGAUGAGUCUGAGGAGCAGGAGCCGAACUAUGCAGGUGAGCAGUACCUUGUCCAGAAAAGCUACACAGCUGUGGAGGAGGAUGAGCUGAGCCUCAAGGAGGGGGAUCUCAUUGAAGUCAUCCACAAGCUGCUCGAUGGCUGGUGGGUCAUCAGGAAGGAUGAAACCACAGGUUAUUACCCCUCCAUGUUCCUGCAGAAAGCUGGGGAGUCAAACACCUCUGUGAAGAGUGAGCUGAGGAAUCAGAGUGUUCCUCCACGAAGGUCCACCAUCCGAAAUGUGAGGAGCAUCCACAAGCAAGGCCGGAAGCAGAUCAGCCAGGAGACCUACAGGAGGAACAGCAAGAAGUACAUCCAGAGCAGGAGAAACAUGAAGGAGAGAUUCCAGAACAAGGCCAAUGUCAUCAUUGAGAAAAAUGAGCAAGAGGAGGACAAGCCCAAGGCUCAGCCUGCUGUUCCUCCCCGUCCCAGCAGAGACCUCAUCCUGACCCGCUGUACCGAGAGCACCCGGAGAAAGGUCCUGUGACCCCUCAGCCCCCGACUCCAGCCAGCUGAUGGCUCAUCUCUGCCAGCCCCUGCACAGCCACGGCUCAGAGCCAGAGAAGGGCAUCCAGGUGGCUCUGGGAACAGCCUGGGGAGCUGCUGGCUGGAUCAGUGCAGCCCAGCACUCACCUUCAUCCACAAGGCUGCUGAGCCCAAUAAGUCUUAAUGAUGCCAUGAGGACAGCCCAGCCUCACUCCACCAGCUCUGGGGUACUGAGGCUUCCACAGUGCCUGCAGACCCCUCACCACUGGACAUUCUUUCAUCCCCUAUUUGUGUUUUGAAUGAUUCUGUGUUUUUCACUAAUAAAGAAGAGACU